GAACACAAAGCAUACGAGUAUAGGCAAAAGUUUUAAAAACAGGUACAAUGCCCAGCAGCCUCCUUUUUGCCUCAAGCAGCGAAGGACGCGUGUACACGCUGUCCACAAGUUCUGCGGGCUGGCGUGAGUUUCCGUAUCUCGGUCUGGAAUUUAAAAAAAUAUCGGCCGUACCAAACUUUAUGUGGGCAAUCGGAGGAGAUCGCCAGGUAUACGUACAUGUGCAUUUACUUGACGUGCCUAUUCGUGUGAAGGAAGAGUCGUACGAGAAUGAACGUUGGUUGCCAUCAAUUGGCUUCUCGAAGAUGCUGUUGCCCACGGACCGGUUUAAAUACUCCAGUGCGGAUGGCGGACAAGAUCGGAGCGUAGAUAAGAUACGUUUGCCAUCAAUGGCCUGGCAAUGGGAUGGAGAUUGGCAUUUGGACUUGGAACUAGAUGGGCAACAACUGCCUGAAGAUGGUUGGAUGUAUGCUUUGGAUUUUCCAGCAUCGUAUUCUGUUAAGAAGUCAUGGAAUUCCUAUGUACGACGACGAAAAUGGAUACGCUUUCGCCGCUAUGCAGCGCUCAACAGUUGGUGCGCAGUGGCACCGCUGCACAAAGACCCCACACAAGAACCCUUUAUUGAUGUGUCAAUAGGAGGAAUGAGUGUGCCCAAUGCUGCCCCUGGAACUUUUUGUGUGUGGGCAAUUACGGCACAUGGUAGAGCUAUGUUUCGUACCGGCGUCACUUCCUCCGCCCCAGAAGGACUACGUUGGACAGCCAUAAAUACACCAUCUGGUAGUGAGCUGACGCAGAUAAGUGUUGGUCCUACAGGACUCGUAUGGGCAGUGCUGUACAAUGGGCGCGUAAUAGUGCGGACAGGAGUCACGCGGGAUAAUUUAUCGGGGGAAGCGUGGUUGGAUGUAAAAACCCCAACGGUCUCCGGUAGCUCGCCAGCACCCAAUGGUGGUCUCCGAGUUGUGCAAGUAUCGGUGGGCAUGGAUGCGGUCUGGUGUGUGACAAACGAUCAUCAUGCUUGGUUUCGACGUGGCAUUAAAGGGGAUGCGGCAGGAAUUAGCGAAGACGCUGCCAUUGGUAAAGGUUGGGUAGAAAUGGUUGGCAAUAUUGCAAUGAUAUCUGUAGCGCCCAACGACCAGGUGUUUGCUGUUGGUGCCUCAGAUCGUGCUCUGUACUUUCGCUCGGGUGUCACUUCAGCUGAUCCAACUGGAAAGAAAUGGCGCCAGAUACAAUGUUCAAUGCAAAUAAGUCGCACUUCUAGCUCUAUUUCUAUCGUAUCGCACAAGAGCGGUAGCAGUUCUACGCCUGGAUCCAAACAUCAAAGUUUUUCAAACUUAUACUCCAAAGAAAAAGAAAAAGGUGUUGUAGAAACUUGUGCAGCCAUUGAAACAAUCGUACAUAGUUCCGCGUCCUCCAGCAAUGGCACUGUAAGCCGCCUUAAAAACGAUCGAUGGAAUGUGAGUUGUGAUUCGCCACCAACAAACAUUGGAAGCCUCAAUCUCAAUGAACGUCACAAGCGUCGAACGGCGGUUUCCUUACGUGAAUCGGUACACGCAUCCAGUGCCCCAGUUGCAGAUGUCACUGUAAUCAGUGGCAAGUUUGAAACGCAACUUAAAAAUCCGCGCGCCUGGUCGCCAGUGCGCAGCGUUGGCUCUGUGGUAGGUACAGAAGCGCACCCAGAGAGUGAUUCUGCAGUGUUCGAAUCAGAUUCUACGAUGCACCAUGGCUCGGAUGCUUUCUUAGGCGACGAUGAUGAUGACCAUGCUGGUUCCCAAUUUUGGACAGAGUGCGAGAUCAUGUGGAGUUGUGUUGCAUCUGGAGCUGUUAGCGUUGAUACCAAUAACAUACCUAAUUGGUUUAAUGAGCAACAGUUUGCGGGUGAUGGCAAAGUCGAUGUGAACGCUAAUUGGCGUAAGGAUAUUUUAACAAAAUUAACACGACGUCAAGAAGAUUUGGCAAAAUUGGAACAAACACAAAGAUUUGAAAAGGCUGUGGAAUUAUCAUCGUGGAUUAAGUCAGCAGAUGCACGAUAUCAGCGUCCUGGUGGCGAGUAUGAGGAUUGCGUUAUCGAGCUGGAGUGGGUGAGCAGCAACACCGAUUCUUCAACUAGUGGCAGCGACUCCGGAACCUUUACAGUGGUUAACCCUGAUGGCGCAUCCACCAAAAUACAAUUCUCGCUCUCAGAUAUAACGUGUGUUCAGUGCUGCAGUGAACCAAGUGCACCGCGCUUAGCCAUUCAUGCAUCACAUUUGCCAGUUAAUUGUUCGCCGGUAAAGUUGCAGUUUCCAAGUGAUGCCGAAAUGGAGGAUUGGCUAUCACAUCUGUCGUCUGUGUGCAGCCAAAUUAACGUACUUAUGGGUAAACCUGCUAACAACGCGAUAUGGGUGACCAGUGAACUUGGUGACGUGUUUGCAUUUGAUGCGGCCAAUAUGAGAGCACAACAGAUGGAGGACUCUUCUAAAGGUAGUAGUGGGUAUGUGGAGCGCAUGGAUGUAUCUACAUGUGAGACGCCGUACAACAACACGCUCUACAACGGAAUGCCAUGUGGAACUGAACUGACAAUUUCUGGAUGCGUAUACGAUGAUGCCGAUCAAAUACGCUUCGACUUGCAGUGUCACUCAAAUAUUAAAGUACUUCCGCAUCGUGUAGAUAAGUUUCGUGUCAUUGCGUUGCAUCUUAAUCCACGUUUCAAUGAACGCACAACGGUAUUAAACUCAAUGAACAAUUCGGAAUGGAUGGAUGAAAUCCGCAAUGAUAAAAUGGUAUUUGCACCUGGUGCUACGUUUACUCUGAAGAUGAGAGCUCUUGAGAGCUACUACCAAAUUUUGGUUAAUGAUGAACCAUAUGCCAAUUAUAAGUACCGCACCGAUCCCGAGUCAGUCUCUUGUCUUUAUGUCAGUGGGCGCGUUAAAAUUUUCAAUCUACAUUAUCGCUCCCCCACACCUAUAAUUUCGUUGAAACACAUGUAUUGGCGUCAAAUAGGUGGUCAUAUAAGACGGGUUUAUAACAGCGGCGUUGGAGUUGUCUGGGGUAUUGCUUGCGACAAUACUGCUUGGGUUUAUAAUGGCGGCUGGGGAGGGAGUUUUCUCAAAGGAUUAGAAGGAUCCGGAAAAAUAAAUGUCAUGAUUGAUUCUCACAUGUAUUAUGUUUACGAAAACCAACGCUGGAAUCCAAUAAGUGGUUUCACGACCAAAAGUCUGCCUACGGAUCGCCACCUAUGGAGCGAUGCAAGUGGCCGCCAGAAACGCAGCAAGGAACACACUAAACUGUUUUCAACUCAUUGCCAGUGGAUCUCCGAUUGGGCCAUUGAUUACAACAUUCCUGGAGGCGCCGAUAAAGAGGGCUGGCAAUAUGCCAUCGACUUUCCUGCAUCAUACCACGGACAGAAGAAACUUACAGAUUGCGUACGCAGACGUCGCUGGGUGAAGAAAUGUCGCUUGACAAGCAGUGGGCCAUGGCACGAGCUAAGCCACUCUAAGAUACUCGAUGCUGCUUUGCAGGUACUUGAUGAUGAUGCGGAUAGUACCAAAGAUGACGAAGAUGUGCCAAUAACAGCCUGGGCUAUAGCCUCCAACGGCGAUGUACUCAUACGACAUGGUGUAACUGCAUCUAAUCCGCGUGGCGAUUCUUGGGAGCACAUUGCAAGCGAGCAACCACUUAUUGGCAUUACUGUGGCACCUUCAGGCCAAGUGUGGACUGUCGCACGCAACGGAAUGGUGUUUUACCGUUAUGGGAUAAGCAACUUAAAUCGAGCUGGCGAUGCCUGGGAACAAGUAGUGGCACCAAGCGGUGUGACGUUUAAGGCAAUAAGUGCCGGGCGUUUGGGCAUUUGGGCCCUGGAUAAUCAAAAUCGUUUAGCGGUGCGCAGAGAGAUAACUAAAACAUUUCCUGAAGGCUCAAAUUGGCAGUUUUUACCGAACGUAGACUGUGGCUUCCGUUCUGUGUCCGUUGGCAGCGAAGUAUGGGCAGUAAUGUGUAACGGUGUUAUUUGUAAACGCUGUGGCAUUACCAAAGAUAAUCCAGCUGGAGUUGGUUGGAACUUGGGCAUCGCGGGACAAUGGACCCAUGUUUCAGUAGAGGGCUACAUGUAAAAGUAAACCAUUCCGCUUCGCGUAUUUAUAUGAAUACUUUCAGAUUUUAUAAUCGGAAAGUUAUAUUUAUUUCCUAUUAGGUUUAACAGCGUUUUGUAUUUCUGUUUGUACAUAUAUACAAAUUGUGCAUUUAUUUGUA